UGAGUGUCUGUGCGCUUCUGGCUGCCAUGUACUAUAACUGACCUUUGACCUGUGACCAUGGACCUGACCACGCGUCGACCCGACGUUGCGACGCCUUCGGGCAAGCCAAGGGCCGCCAAGAGUGUCUUCUCCAUCAGGAGUCUCGUGGAGGUCGAGGAAGACUCGGAGUUGGCUAAGAAACCCGAACUGUCAAGCACGCCUCCAAGGAGUUCCCCGGAGACGGCUAGCGUGGAGGGCGAGGGAGAGGGAGAGACGACCAUGGGGGUGUCAGGGAGAGACGACGAUGGAAGCGAGGGAGAGCUCGACGACUUCAACUCCGCGCCGAAGAGGAAGCAGAGACGCUACAGGACUACCUUCACCUCCUUCCAGCUGGAGGAACUGGAGAAGGCGUUCUCCAGGACACACUAUCCUGACGUCUUCACUAGGGAGGAACUAGCGAUGAAGAUAGGGCUGACGGAGGCCAGGAUCCAAGUAUGGUUCCAGAACAGGAGAGCGAAGUGGAGGAAGCAAGAGAAGGUCGGACCACAAGGUCAUCCCUACAACCCCUACCUAGGGUCCGCCCCGGCGCCAGCCAUCGCACCCUCGCUGCCCAACCCCUUCACCCACCUGGGGUUCGGCCUGAGGAAACCCUUCGAUGCCUUCCGGUACCCGACGUUGCCGCCUGGGCCGGUGUUCCUAGGACAUCAUCCGCAGUUCCCCCGGCCUCCGCCCUUCCUUGGGCACCUAGCGGCGUACUCCCCGGCCACGUCGUUCCAGAGUCUGUUGGCCAACAUCUCGGCAGCCCAGAGACCCAAGCUGCCGCUACCCUCCGCCAGCCCUCCGGAGCCUGAGGAGCUACCUCCAGCGGUGGCUCUGCCCCCCACCCUGGCCACGACCCCUCCGGCACCAUCCUCCCCUCCGGACAUAGACAGGAGGUCAUCCAGCAUCGCCGCCCUCCGGCUCAAGGCGAGGGAACACGAGCUGCGGCUGGAGAUGCUGAGGAAGAACGGAGAAGUUAGUUAAUCCGUGUAGUCGGCGACCACUGGUGCUUGUGCAAUGUGUCUGAUGAAAAUAUCACAAUCCAGAAACCGCAAUAGAAACUUUAAAAAUUACAUAUCACGAAAAAACUGGAUGGUGCAGAUCGAGAGUAAACUUACCAAGGCUAGUUCGGUUAAAAUUUAAACAUCAACUCAUAGAUUUAACAUACUCCCUUAUCAAAUCCUCAACCCCCAAAAGUUCUAAAAUCAUUACGAAGAGUGAUUUAACUGUUAUACAAAAUCUAGCA